AUGUACUUUUUCGCCAUAACGCCUACGUUCCAGCAACUGCAUAUGAGGCCAAGCUGGCUUGGGCUGACAUGCUCUGACAAAGCCACUGUGGAGUGGCUGAAGAGCAUACAGCCAAAACUCAAACCCUGGGAGGGAGCUGAUCUGAGGAUAGCCGAAGAGGCAGAACUGCCUCACCCGGAGAUCCUGGUCGGAUAUCUCCCCGACAGCCAUGAUCUCUCCAAUGAGAAAAUUCUCAAGGCGGUAGAGAAUCAGAACGCAGGGCUCAAAACCUCCAGCUGGAGAGUCCUUCGAAGGGGACCAUCAGGACCCAUGCUCGAGAUUGUCAUCUCGGCUGAUAGAACAUCGGUCGAGGGACUUAGAGCGAAGAGUUGUCGGAUAAAUUACUUUUUCGGCCAAACAAAUCUUCGCCUUAAGGGACCAAAGACAAUGACCGAGAGGAGAGGAGCACCUUAG